CCCCAAAGCAUCAAACAUUAAGAAGAAGAACAAAGAGGAUAAACAUAGAGUUGCAUAGACAAAAUGAAGAGAUUUUGCCCAAAAGUUUCUUUUCUGUUGUUUGUUACACUUAUUUUAAUAGGUUUUGUGUACUCUGAAGCAAAGAAUUGUCGCCCAAGUGGUGCGAUUAGAGGAAAGAAAGCUCCUCCAGGACAAUGCAAUCAAGAGAAUGAUUCUGAUUGUUGUGUACGAGGAAAAAUGUACACAACAUAUAAAUGUUCUCCGUCAGUGUCUCCUCACACCAAGGCAUAUCUUACUCUUAAUAGUUUUCAAAAGGGUGGAGACGGAGGUGGCCCAUCAGAAUGUGACAAGCGGUAUCAUUCUGACGACACUCCAGUGGUUGCACUUUCCACCGGAUGGUUCAACCACAGGAGUAGGUGUCUCAACAACAUUACAAUAAGUGCUAAUGGAAGAAGUGUGGUGGCUAUGGUUGUUGAUGAGUGUGACUCAACAAAGGGAUGUGAUGAUGAGCAUGAUUACCAACCUCCUUGUCCAAACAACAUUGUUGAUGCUUCUAAGGCUGUGUGGAAAGCUUUAAAUGUUCCUAAAGAACAAUGGGGUGGCCUUGACAUUACAUGGUCAGAUGCUUGA